UCGCUACUGUAACUGGUACACAGUCACAGAAGUUUUGCCUUUACUUCGUAAUUUAAAGUUCCGAGCUUAUUAAGGUCUAUAAUGGCAGAAGAAAAUUGUGUAAUUGAUGAAAUUAGGGCUUUCAACUGCGAGGCGCAUCUUGGUGAACCAGUCCGUGGCAAUCAGGAGAAAAGCGUGUCGGAGACACUUUCUCAGAAGUUGAAAAGGAUUGUUGUGGCAAAUUUGCUCGUAAUACUGACUGUGGCCGCUGUGAUUGUUGGGGUUUUUAUUGGGCUUGGCGUACGAAAAGCAGGAUUGACCCAAACUCAGAUCAUAUACUUUGGCUUUCCUGGUGAGCUCUUGAUACGACUGUUAAAAAUGAUUAUCAUUCCCCUUGUUGUAUGUAGCCUAGUAUCAGGGGCAGCUAGCAUUGACCCUAAGGCAUUGGGCAAACUAGGUGGUUGGGCGAUGCUGUUCUUUUUAGUAACCACGCUGAUUUCGUCUGCUAUUGGCGUUACUAUGGCACUAAUCAUUAAGCCUGGAUCAUCUGAAGGUGCCAAACCAAAAAUAACCACAAAUGACAUUGUCCCUGAGGCUAAAGAGGUUGUGGAUUCCUUUUUAGAUUUGAUAAGAAACAUAUUUCCCUCUAAUCUUGUGGCUGCUGCUUUUCAGUCGUAUGCUACUGGUUAUAAGCCUGAGAAAAGUCAUAAUAAUACCACCAACAUCACUUUGGAAAAGAUUCCAGUGGGUGGAGAUGUGGAUGGUAUGAAUAUUCUGGGCCUUAUAGUGUUUUCCAUGGUGUUUGGUGUGGCCUUAAGGAAGUUGGGCGAGGAAGGAGAGAUCCUAAUUAAGUUUUUUAACUCAUUUAACGAGGCUACCAUGGUAUUGGUGUCCUGGAUUAUGUGGUAUGCGCCACUGGGUAUAAUGUUCUUGGUGGCUGCUAAGAUUGUUGAGAUGGAGGAUAUUGGGAUGCUGUUUGCGAGUUUGGGAAAGUACAUUGCCUGCUGUGUGAUUGGCCAUGCAGUGCAUGGCCUCCUCAUUCUGCCACUCUUGUACUUUGUGUUCACUCGCAAGAACCCUUACACCUUUCUCAUAGGUCUGAUUGCUGCUUUGGCUACUGCAUUUGGAACAUCCUCCAGUUCUGCAACACUGCCACUAAUGAUAAAGUGUGUGGAGGAGAACAACGGUGUGUCUAAGCACAUCAGUCGCUUUAUAUUGCCUAUUGGUGCUACUGUUAACAUGGAUGGAGCCGCCUGUUUCCAGUGCGUAGCAACUGUCUUUAUUGCCCAACUUAACGACAUUCCACUUAACUUUGUCCAGAUCAUCACCAUAUUAGUGACUGCCACAGCUUCAAGUGUGGGAGCUGCUGGGAUUCCUGCUGGAGGUGUGCUGACUUUAGCUAUAAUCCUGGAGGCAGUAGGACUGCCCACCUAUGACCUUUCGCUCAUCUUGGCUGUAGACUGGCUUGUUGACCGCACGUGCACAGUCAUUAAUGUAGAAGGUGAUGCCUUUGGGGCAGGGCUGCUGCAGUACUUUGCAGAUCGUACCAGUAAAAAAGCUGAGUUGGAGCUGAGUGAGGUGAGAUUGGAAAAAGGUGGCCAUCCCAUGAAACCUGAACAUUCUCCCCUCAUUGAAAAACCUGCUAAAUUGGAAGUUGCUGGAUUACAGCCUUACAAUCAAGAGACUGUCAUGUAAAGAUUUUAUUUUAAAUGUACCUUUUUGCAUUUAGUUCAUAGUAAAUCAACUUGUACUGUGACCUUACUUAGACAAUCAGACAGUAAAACAUCUUAUGCUUCUCAGGUUCUGUAUAAGGUUUUUACAUAAUGAAGCAAGGAAGAUUUAAAACUUUAUCUUAAAUGAUGUGUUAAUCAUUUAAUUUAUAUGACUAUUUUCUUUUUGUUUUUGUAGUGGUUAUUCUAUUUUACAUGUCUUUGAUAGGCUGGCCCUGGCUGUCUGAUGCUCAAUUUCCUAUUGUCUGUACUGUUAAACUAGUGAGAAGUAUGCAUGCUGUUAGACCAAAGACCCAGUGACAACACUACUUUAUACUCCAGUAAUAGAAUGUUUUAUAGGCAUUAUUCAUACGCACAUUUUGUUUAUAAAGUUCAAAACUAAAACCAGAAUACAUUUGAGUAUUAAAAAGUGACCUCUGUGA